AUGGGUUCCGCGUGGGAAGAACCAAAGUGCGUUCUGAUAACUGGUGGCUGUGGAUUCAUUGGGUCCAACUACAUCAACUUCACCUUCAAUAAAUGGAAAAACACAAAAUUCAUUAACUACGACAAGUUGGCUUUCGGAGCAUCCCCACUUCACGUUGAGAAAGAGAUUAGAGAGUCUCCAAGAUACAAGUUCGUAGAGGCCAAACUCGAGGACCAACCAACUCUUAUCAAGACUCUUGCUGAGAAUGAGGUUGAUAUGGUUAUCCAUUUUGCUGCCAUCACCCACGUCGAUGAAUCCUACAGCGACAGAAUUGGAACCAUUCAAGACAACAUCAUCUCCACCACAACUCUUCUGGAGAGCAUCGUGAACAGCCCAUACAAGGGAGUCAAGAAACUCGUUCAUAUUAGCACAGAUGAAGUUUAUGGAGACUCUUUCGAGGACACCACUCCAAAAUCCGAGUCUGCUUCUCUGCCAAACCCAACUAACCCAUAUGCCGCCUCAAAGGCUGCUUGCGAGAUGGUCAUUAGAUCUUACUGGCACUCGUACAAGCUUCCAUAUGUGAUGGUCCGCAUGAACAAUGUCUACGGACCACGCCAAAUCCAUACUAAACUCAUUCCAAAGUUCACAAAACUCGCUUUGGACGGACAACCCUACCCACUCAUGGGAGACGGACUUCAUACCAGAAGUUGGAUGUACGUUGAGGACUGUUCUGAGGCUAUCACCAGAGUUGCUCUUGAGGGAACGCUAGGUGAAAUUUACAACAUUGGAACCGAUUUCGAAAUGACCAAUAUCGAGUUGACCAAAAUGAUUCACAGCACAGUCAGCAAGAUUUUGAAUAGAGAGCCAACCGCUCCAACAUUCGCUCCAAUUCCGGACCGACCAUACCACGAUCGUCGCUACUACAUCGACUUCUCGAAGAUCAAGAACGCAAUGGGAUGGCAAUGCACCACGCCAUUCAGUGAAGGACUCAUGACGACGAUUGAGUACUACGUGAAAUUGCAUGUCGCCACCGCUCGUCUCCAGGGUUAA